CAAAUUGGAAAUUAUAACUUUAUACAGAUGUUGUCUUUUACUAUAAUCUUGCUCAUGCUUUGGUUCUCAUUCAGGGUUAAUUCAAAACUUUCUAAAACACAUUAAUUUCCAUCUCUAUUAUGAUUGCUGAUACUUCUUGAAAUUUACCCAAAGUGAGCUAAAGAAAGUUUAUGUAUAAAAUUUAACAUGGGGCAUACAAGGUGGUUCAUUUUUAUUAGAUGGAACUAGAUAGCUGAUGCCUGUAAAAGGCAAACUGAAUUAACUACCAGAAUGUACCGAUCCCCAUCUACUAUUUUGAAGCUAGAUUAUCUGUAUACUUUAACGUAUUUAGUCUAGUUUCAAAAACUGGAUGACUCUGGCUCCUCCGAUCCUUUUGGAUAGCAUUUUUUUAAAUGUUAGAAAAAUGAGUCCACAUUUAAAAUGAAGAGUUUGUGCACACCUAAAUUGAAAUCCCUUUUAAGUUUAAAAGCUUAAAGGUUACAAAGAGAAUUCCAAACACCCUUCACCUUCUAAUCACCUAUUUAAGCUUGAAAUACUCAUUCCAACUUUUUUCUUGGUGUAGUAUUUUGUCUACUUCUUUACUUCAAUUUGUUUAAAAAUAUUGACACACUAAAACCAAAAGCCACACAUGUGAUUUUUAAAUGUGAGCCAUAAUAAAUGGUUUUAAAAAUGCAAAACAGUGAAAAGAAACACGAAAAAUUAAGUGGUCUCAUUUAAAUCACCCCGAUCUAUAUGUAUUUUGACAACGUUUGCAUCUUUUAAUCUCCAAAAUCUUGCUUAAAAUGAGAAAAUGGAAGCCCAGUAACGUGUUCAAGGUAGUACCAGAACAUUGAAAUCUGGACUCCAGCAGGGAGAAGCCUAGGAGGUGUUUUCCCAUCCCCCAGCGCCGACGUUUUUACAUUGUCUUCUCUGAACAUAAAAACAGAGGACAGGUCAUUUUUAAGAGGAGGGAUUUAGACAUCUCUUAGGAGAAAGGUUACAGAUUAGCGAGAAUCUUUCACAAAAUCGAAGAACCAACUCCCAAUCAACAGAAAUCUAGGAGUCCCUAAAUCCUGGGGGAGACCUGGCUACGCUGUUAAACAUUUUUGUCUGUUCCUUUUCCACUAUUAUACCCCAGUCCUCUGAAAUAAUUCUUUAUAAUUAAAAGCCUAAAUCUGAACAUUCUUGAGUCAACUUGCGGGAUGAUUUCAGUGCAGUUUUGGAAGGCUCUACAAGCCACGCAGCGAAACCCUCCACCACCAACACGUAGAGCGCUCCGCCCCAGUAAAUUCGAGGGCGCCAAGAGGCAGCUCUGUCCUCCCUUUUCCACUACCGACUCGUGGUCACUUCCUCACUGCCUGUUUAUCUCCACCUUUAUUUCCAUCGCUAUUUCCCCCUUUACCUCUUGAAUCGAUAACCCAACAAGCACAGGAGACAGGGAGAAAGAGCAGCCAGGUCAGGGGAAAUGAAUGUCUGCGAGGCCACGAUUUCUUCAUGCAGUUUGUCUGGCACUGACGGAGAGAGCCUCGAAGAGAGCCGGGUCCUGCUUCAGGGGAGAGGGGGCCUUGCGUCCAGAGCUCGAUGCGCUGAUUGGUUGGUCAGCCGCGGCCGGGGAAGAACCCGGAUGUUCCUGGGUAGCUGUGUUGGCAAUUGGGGUUCUGAGGUUUGGGCGUUCUAGGCGUGCUGGCAAGUCGAGGCGGAUGGCGCAGGGUUGGGCCGGCUUCUCUGAGGAGGAGCUGAGGCGACUAAAGCAGACUAAAGAUCCAUUUGAACCACAGCGGCGUCUUCUCCCUGUGAAGAAAAGUCGACAACAACUUCAGCGAGAAAAAGCCCUUCAAGAGCAAAGCCAAAAACUUGGACUUCAAGAUGGAUCAACCUCAUUACCUCCAGAGCAGUUGCUUUCUGCACCAAAACAAAGAUUUAAUACUCAAAGAUCAUGUUCUUCUCCCCCUACUCCCCCCACACUCACGUCUCCUAUUGGUGAUGGAGAACCACAGGGUAUUGAAAGUACACCAAGGGAAGUAGGACUUAAGAAUUCCCAUGAAGGUCACAAAAAUGCUGAGGUUCUACCUCCAAAACCAGAUUGCAAAUUGGAAAAAAAGAAAGUGGAAUUGCAAGAAAAAUCUCGUUGGGAAGUCCUCCAACAAGAACAGCGGCUAAUGGAAGAGAAAAAUAAACGUAAGAAAGCUCUUUUGGCUAAAGCUAUUGCAGAAAGAUCUAAAAGAACUCAGGCAGAAACCAUGAAACUAAAGAGGAUCCAGAAGGAGUUACAGGCUUUAGAUGACAUGGUGUCAGCUGACAUUGGAAUCCUCAGGAACCGGAUUGAUCAGGCCAGCCUUGACUAUUCAUAUGCUUGGGGAGGCUGAAGAGGAUGCCUUUGUACAUUGAAAAUUAUAUAAGAAAUGUCAUAGUUUUAGCCUUCAGAGAACCAUAGUUUUAGCCUUCAGAGAUUCUGGUUAAAAAAGAAGACAUCCCAUAGUAUAUGAAUAUUUUUAAUGACAUUUUAAUAUAGUAAAAAGAUUUAAUAUGGUAAAUUUUUACAUCUCUUAAGCUAAAGAUGACAGUUUAUCAUGAUACUAGUAUUGACAUAGAUGUAUGUGAAUAUCCUUAUCGUAUGUGUGGGGUUAUUUUUAAAAACGUAAGCUCUUGAGUUAAGUCAAAGAGAAGCCACUGACAAUUUAGACUAGAACCAGGGUUGUAUCUUGUUCAUGCAUAAGAUUAAGACAGUAUUUUCUAAAUUUACAUCUGUGGUUAUUAAGAAGUUAUAGUUUGGUGAUAUAGUAUUAUGGUCUAGAUUUCUACUAGAAGGUAAUCCCCAGGGCAGUCAGUUUCUGUGGUUCUCUGGGAGAUUUCCUUGACUUUUUUUUUUUUUUUUAAUAAAAACGUUGUAGUUCUGUAGUGGCUGGCAUGGUGCUCUGUCCACAAAAUGUUCUUGUAUACGAAUAGGUCAGAAUUCAUCCUAAAGUUGGUUUCUGUAGAGCAGUAUCAGGGUAUCCACCUCUGAGGAGAUGGCACUUGGAGUGUCCCAGCAGGGAGAGUUGUCACUGCUGCUGCUGUUCACAGCUGUGAUUACAGUGCUGCCAUGUGCUGCGCAGACCAGCUUGUAAAACUAGAGUGGCUGCCUGUAGAACAUUUCUUUAACCCUCAGUAUACCAGGAAAAACAAUGAUCACCAUUUGCUAUCGAUGUUUAAUAGACGCUCCCAUACGCACAUGCAUGCAUACACGUGUAAACACAUACAUAAAUGUUUUAAGUCAUUUUAUGAAUAAUUUAAAGAAGUAAGAAUAAAGGAUUGUGGAAAACACCUUUGUUAAAAAAUUUUGUAUCAAGUAAUGUUUGACUGCAAACAUUAUAAAAAGCUAAAAGAAUAUCGUUAUAUCCUUUCAGCCACACAGGAUGGUCCAGGUACUUGUAAAAUAUUGUAUGAUAAAAUUCUUCCUCUUGAAAUUAUUAACUCUAGGAGAAUAACUUAUUUCCUUUUUAUCCUCAGAAAUAUAUUUUUCACUCACUGAUUCUUGAGUUUGAGAAAAUUGAUCUAGGAUGUGUUCUUCUGAAGACUCAUACUCUGAGAUUUCACUUACGUGGUCAGUUUCACCACCUAGAAUCUAGCCUGUCUCUGCAUUUGUAUUGAUUUGCUCGGGCUGCCAUAACAAAUUACCAAAAACUGGGUAGCUCAAAACAACAAAAAUUUAUUCUCUUAUGCUUUUGGAAGCCAGAAGUCUGAAAUCAAGGUGUCAGUGGGGUUGUUAUUCCUUCAGAGGCUCUAGGGAAGAAUAUAUUCCUUGCCUCUUCCAGCUUCUUCUGGUGGCUGGAGACAUUCCUUGGCUUGUGGCCACACUACUCAGUUCUGGGUCUCCAUAGUCUCAUUGAUUCCUCCUGUUUUCUCUCAAAAGUUCCUCUGCCUUUUUCUUAAAAGGAUACAUGUAAUUGCAUUUAGGGCCCAGCUGGAUAUUCCAGAAUAGACUCCUCUCAAAAUCUUUAACUUAGUCACAUCUUUUGCCAUUUAAGGAAAUGUUCACAGGUUCUUGGGAUUAGGAAAUGAGUAUCUUUGGGGGUGGGGGUCAUUUUUUAGCCGCCACAACAUGCAUCUUUUGAUUUGUCUAAUAACUGCAAAAGAUCUUCAUCUGUCACUUUUGUCAUUCUGGGUGUAAAAUGAAAAGUAAUAAUUCUCAUCUGAACAGUGAAAGCUAAGAGCAGAUUACUAGUGUGGUAUUUCCAGUCUUCUUUUAUACCUUAUUUAAAGGUGAUGUAAUACUUUGGCAAAACAGUAAGGAAACUAAGCAAUAAUGGUUUAUUUCAUAAUAGUAUCAUCCUUUUAGGUCAUUCCAUCAUUCUCUGUUUUCUUAUUAUUUUAAUUUUUUUAGCAUAAAUGUGAAUAAUUGAUAAGUAAUGAGUAAAUAAUUCCUAGGGUGAUGAAAUGGCAAAAUGUUUCAAGAUAUAGGAAAAAAUAUAUUUCAACAAUCCCAUAACAUAUCUUAGGUUUAUAGAAGUGGACCCAUAUAGUAAUUGCAAAAUAUAAUUAAAGUCUGUUUUUCAAAAUAUAAGUAAAUUUUCUCUCUGUUCUCUGGAAUACUUCUAAGAAAGGAUAAAAAUUAUGAUAUGUUGAUCCUUACGAAUAGUUAGAACUGCUCAGGAAAGAAACUGAAGAACUAAGUAUUUCAGCGGAACCUAAUGACAUGCCAAGGGUUAACAGUGUUUUUAAAAAAUUUCGAGGAACCAAAGAGACAGUUUCUACAAUCCUUUAAAUAAGAUUCAUUAAAUCAUUCAACAUUCCUUUAAAAUAAUAAAACAAUUCUAUAAUUACAUUUCCAGUUCAAUUUGUCUUACUGUGUUAUGUAUAAUGCUCUUAUUAUUCUGUUCCAAAGUAUGUCUUCAUACUCUGCUUUGGUAUUAUCCCCCUGACCCCCAGACUCACAGUGCAGUUUGUGAAACUAAUCCAUAUUUUGAACAUAAAUCACUUUGCAAAAAAUAUAUAUAUGUGUGUGUUUCUGGCCAGAAGGACUUUAAAUAAAUAAACAAAAUGCAGAAUCUUCAGUGAUUUAUCCAGGGUGAAAGAUCAUUGGAAACCUAGGGACCUAUUUGCAAAUUUUAAUUUCAAUUCAGCAUUCAUGAGCCCAGUCAGUAAAUCUUUACUAACUGACUUUGGCUGAGGGAGACCAGAGACUUGGAGAGAAGGGAGGUUUGAGCUGGGGCUAGAGACAAGAUACGUAUACCUAUAGAGGAUGUUGUCAGAGCUCUUAAGCUUGAUGAAAGAACAUUCAUAAACAGGAUAUGUUAUAAAGUAUGGAAAUAAAGGAUCCAGAUACCCAACACAGCUCCUUUACAACAGUUCUUUUAACAUAAGGGGAAUUGAAAAACAUCUAGUUCUCAUUCUUUUUUUUU